AUGAUACUGAGACAGCAUGACCUGGACAGUCUAAGCCGGGCAGAGCUGAGUACACUUCUGCUGCAGAACGACCACAUGCUCCUGCCCUCUGUGAGUUUGACCACAUGUGAAUCAUCGUUCAUUCAUGUUUGUUUUGUCUCUUUUGCUGUAAGAUUGUCACUAUUCUAUCUUUUUUUAUCCCGAUAUUCUAUACCAGAUAUGUCAUGAUUACAAUAAUGGACCUGGUGUGUAUGGCAAAUGUCUGAACGGUGAUGAUUGCAAGAGGCUGCAUAUCUGUGAGAGGUACCUGAUUCGAGACUGCAACUGCCCCAAGACUCAUAGUUUCAAUUCGCCACAGCCAACGAUGAUCCUGCUGAAUAACAACAUCCCUGACAGCCUGUUUCCCAGCUUGAAGUCUGCUUAUGCAAACAAAGCGGCUUUGAGGUUCGCUGACAGGGGGGGCAACAAGAGCAACCGUCAACAGCCGCAACUGAACUCUUCAGUAGGUGAUUGCUCUGUGGAUGCAGACAACACUGAUUCCUGCUCCGUGGACGGUUUACCACAGAAGGAGUGGCACAGAGGGAGGGGAAGGGGAGGUUUUCGGGGCAAUAGAGGUAAUAGAGGCACGAGGGGCAACAGGGGCAACAGGGGGAACCAGGGCAAUCGUCAGCAGCCGCAGAGAGCCCCUUCGAGAGGUGAAGAUGACAUCGAUGUUUCAGACCUGUACUGUGAUGGUGGACUAGAUGGGUGCAACAUCGAUGCAGAACAAAGAGAAAAUCUUAGAGGGAGAGGUGGCAACCGAGGCAACAGGGGCAACCGCCGGGGGCUGCAACAAGCCCGUUCCACAAGCGACAUCUUUGCUGCAUGUAACGCUGAUGCAGACAGUGAUGAUGGACCAAACAGAAGACAAGUGCAAAGACCUGUCAGGGGUAGGUGACACCAGAUUAUACUUUGAUUUAAAGUGUUUUCUGAAUAUGCCAUUUGAAAUGUUUCUUCUCCCUUUUUGUCUUUCCUUUAGAUAAAACUGAAAUAUGCAUGUACUUCAUUAAAGGAUUCUGCAAACAUGGUGAUGGUAGGUAGUCAGUAGAAGAUUGUAACCAUAGGGAACCGAAGUCAUGCUAACUUCCGGGUUAGCAUACGGUCCUAUGGAGCCCAUCAAAAUGAAUGGACAGAUAUAUAUAACUACUGGUCUGCUUUGGUAUAGGGAACCGAAGCCCCUACACAUUUCACAUAUAAUGUUUAUCAUGUUUAAAUUUACAUUUUAACCUCGAAAAAGCUGUGAUUUUAGACAUGUUGCUAUAACUACAGUUUAAUUUAGAGUGAGACCACGGAAUGAACUACACCGCUCGUCGCACUAUUUUUGCGUCACUGUCUAAGCUUUGACAGACGACGAUGGCGGUGACUUUGGCAAGUUUCACGUACUUCUUCCAGGAUGAAGGAAAGAGUAUUAAACGUGGUGAAAACACACAGGCAUUUUGGCAAUGAUAACGAGUUGACAGGAGUUGUCAGCUAGCUAGAAGUAGAAAUACUGACGUGACGUCAUUUACGCGACUUCUUGAGGUUUAAAGUGUUUUCUGAAUAUGCCAUUUGAAAUGUUUCUUCUCCCUUUUUGUCUUUCCUUUAGAUAAAACUGAAAUAUGCAUGUACUUCAUUAAAGGAUUCUGCAAACAUGGUGAUGGUAGGUAGUCAGUGAUAGAUUGUAACCAAUUCAGGCCUAAUGAAAUGGACUUUUGAACUGUGUUUUUAGGGGAUGACAAUCUUAUUCAAUCACCAAUUUGUUCUCAGAGCGUUGUUAUAAAGCUCAUGACAAGAUGCCAUACAGAUGGGAGGUCAACCAGGAGGACAAAUGGACCGCCAUGCCGAAUAAUGAGGCGAUUGAGGAGGACUACUGUGACCCUAAAAACACAUACAGGUACAGAAGGGUAAUCAGGUAAUAAAUCAGGGGAUUGAAAUUUAAAAUUAGAAAAAAGUAUAAACACGGUCUCGGGUUCUUUUCCUGGCCAGUGCACCCAAUUAUAUUAGAAAAAUAUGACUGACAAGAGGCAGACACCAGAGUUCAGGAUAUGUAAUGAAAGUACAUUUAACUCUUGCAAGAAUGGAGGACAAACAAUGCAUCAAGCAGAUACACAGAAGUGGUCCUUGAUUGUGGGGCUUCAGAGUCUUUUAUCUCGGCUUCUCGGAUCUUCGUCAUUAAAACCCAAAUAUACUCAGCAGACAAUUUAAACACGUAACACUUGCCCUUGUUUUGGGCCCUGCUGUUUGUCUUAAGUCUAAACAUAACAGUGACCUUAGCCUUCACAUUAUUGGAUAGCAUUUUUCCAUCAGGUACUCUUACUUUCUCAACAUUCAGAGGGAUUGUGCAUCAUUUUUAGAGUGUGGAAUUAUUAUUUCCGUUUUAUUCACUUCAGUCAAAAGUCCCAGUACUCUUAUUAAUUCUGUAGGAGAAGGAUAUACCGAUGAAAUGUUUACAUGUUGAAAAGAUGAAAUUAAAUGAACCAAAUUUCUUUUUUUCCUGUCUCCUGUAGUAGCAGCACUCCAUACGUGCACUUUGACACCAUGACCCAAGGUCAGAACAAAGUGCGGCGACUCUCCACCGUGAACUCUUUGCUUCAGCCCGAUUUCAUACACACCACCGAGUGGCUCUGGUACUGGGAGGAUGAAUUCGGGAAGUGGAACAUGUACGCUUCAGCUGUGAGUAGCUACAGCUGGAGACAUUUAUGCACAAGUUAAUCUAAAAUCCACUAAAUGUUGUCAGCGCAAAGUUAAAAAAAUACAGCAUUUCACAUGGAAGUUAAAAGCUGCUCUUGUGGAUAUUUAUAUUAGAACAAGUUAUGCUGAAAAUAGGAUUUUUAUUCAUUGAGUGUCUCAAGAUUAAUGUGAUAGAAACAGGAAUAUUAAGUGGUUUGUCGCAGUCAGAGUAAUAGUGGCCUAUGGGGACAAAAAGCUGCCAUGACGUAUAAUAAAUAUGAUCCUAUAUAUGAAGAAACAGCUUUUUUUUUUGCUCAUUUUCUGUUCUGCAUGAUAAAUUCACAAAAUGAUACAUAUGCCAGUGAAAAGUCAGAAGGAUGAGAUUUUCUGUCAGAAGACAUUACUUGUGUCCACAGGGGGCGCCAAAAUUGGCACGAAUCAAAGUUCCUCACAGGAGCUUUAAUAUUUAUUCACAAGGAAGAAUAGUUUGAAGAGCUUAAGAGCUUUGAAGGUCACCAAAUUUGAUCCAAAAUACUGUCAGGGAAACUUAUUUAGAUCUCACUUACAUGAUGCUAAAUACUCUUAGACUGCACCCAGAUCUGUGAUGCUGUUGUUACAGUCAGGUUUUUUUAAAGAUAGGUUGAAUUUGAUCAAAGUUCGGGCUCAUUGUUCUCCGAUAAGAGCAUCAAAUCUUCAGUGUUUUGUGUUUGUUAUCUGAUUCUAUUUAGAGUAAAGUGGGAGUUUGCAAACACCAAAAAAAGAUCACGGCAGCAGAAAACAGUUUUCACUGAAGAUAUGCACUGUGACAAGCUGCCUCAGCAAGCUAAGCUAGUAGAGCUGAUUUGGGCCAAAAAUGGUCACUUUACCUUUACUUCAGUGACAUUAAGUUCGUGUGAAAAAGUCUGAACGCUGCUGGAGUGCAAUAUUUACUACAACACAGUUCUGUAAACUCAUCCUAAAAAUAUCAGGACAUGAUGUUAAAGAAAUAAGAUACGAGCUCUGCCAUUGUGUGGAAUUUGCAGCGUGAUGUUAGCUGUACUUUGUUAUGUAAGUCACACUGGGUGGAGUCUACUCGGACUCUGAUAGCUGCCAGGGGAGUGUCAGCUCCAACCUUUUAAAGGGGAAGAAAUAAAAAAAUCACACCAGGAUUGAACUUUUCCCUUCCUCCUCCACGUCUGACCUUUUUAAACCUGCACCAACCUGACCACAAACUCUGUUUAUAUAACUCUGCACUUCACGUAUUCAGCUCUAUGAUUGUAGCUGACAAGUCCUCACCCUGCUAUCCUGUUGUCCUCCGGCUGAUACUCACGGACAUCAUUUUAAGCUUUAAUCUUAUUCUCUAUGACCCCCACACUCCAAACAGAAAAAGCAGAGCUGUGUACAGAGGCAGCGUUUUUGAGGAAGGAGAUGAGACGCGGAGGAGAUUGUUGCUAGAUUGCAUAAAUUUGAAUUUGUUAUCCUCAUGUUGCACUUGUGAUUCAAGAAAUUAAGUCUUUAAGACGUCUUUUGAGUCCACCCCCCAGCGUAAAACUCCAAUAGCAGAAUCCAGAAUUUCAAAUAAGCAUGUAAACGUUUUUUUAUUGUUUUCAAUGAGAAAGUAAAAAAUCUACCAGAAGUGUUACAACACUUGAUGUUUCAGUGGCUGUUUGAGGCUGUGACAUAUUUAGCAAGUGAAAAAUAAUCUCCUUCUGUCCUUUGUUGCAGUCUGGUGGACACAAACCAUCAGACAUGGACAGCUCCAAACUGGAACAGAAGUUUCUAGAAAACGACCAAGCUGUGGUGGAGUUCACUGCCGGUGCUCAGUCAUAUUCUCUCAGUUUCCAAGGUAAACAAAGACGUCUGAAAUAAUUGAUAUUUUUGUUAAACUGUGAUGAUAAAUACGUCUCUGUUUCCACACAGAUAUGAUACAAACAAACAAGCGGUACAGCACCAAGAGGCUGGUGAGGAGACGGCCCCGCUUUGUGUGUGCAGCUGAUGUCCUAGCAAAGAAAGUGAGGUGAGACCCCUACACACACACACAGGCGCGCACACACACACUGUUUGAUGAGAAGUCAGGUUUGAGCUUCAAUAUUAAUUAACAUUUUAUAAAACAAACAAAAAUAUAACUCAAUCUGCUUCCCGACCACAGAAGGCCUCUGGGCCAGUCCAGUUUCACCGCACUACCGGACCACUGGGACAAGACCAAGGUCCCACAAACUGGAUUCACGGUACGGUGAACGCUGCAAUGUGACCCAAUAAUGUUUCUUUUGUUGUUUCAUAGGAGUACUUUUUCAGGAUUUUACAGCUUCUUUAAAGCUAUGACCAAAGGUAACAUUUCUUUCAUACUGAACUUGCUAUCAAAAAAUGAAGCUUUUGGACCUUUUUUUGGAAUCUUACAACUUGGAGCGACUUGAGCCGAAGAAAAAAAGGUUUCAUUUCGGUGCUGUUUUUAUGUAUGAAAACUGUCUCGCCCAAGUUCUUCCAGAUCUGUGUUUGUUCCAUUCACUGCUAAAACCUCUGAGCUGCCAACUCCAGGCCUGGCUCCCCUCGCCGUUACCCCACAGUGGGAGUAGGCGCAUUGACCAAAAUGAAAACAUACCUGCUCUGCUGCUGUAGUGACGCAAACACAGAUCUGGAAUUUAGGGGUCUGGAUUUGGGCAUCUUUUUAAACUUCAACCUAAAGCUCCUGUGAGGAACUUUUGAUUUGCAUCAAUGUUGGCGCACCUGUGGAAAAAGUAGUCUCUACUUAUCUUAUCCUGUAAUGCUUACACAAUAUCUCCUGACAGAGAAACUCAUCCAGCUGACUUUUGAUGGUCACAUAUUUUACAUUUUACAGUAACAGCUUUUUUUAAAGCUGCUUUCCAAAAAAAGUCCCUCUUACACUGGUUUCAUGCAUCAUAUAUAAUGCAAACAUUGUCAAUUAUAUGGCUGAUGGUAUUGUGUGCUUUUGGAUAUCACAGGUAAGCACCAAUAUCAAUUUAAAAUAUUUCACUAAUGCCAAAAAAGUCCUCAUAGGAGCUUUAAGACCUUCCUUACUCAUGUGUCUGUUAAUAUGGCGUCAUUUCCUCCAAACUUGGACUGAAUUAUUAUUUCUAUGAUCAUUUUUUUGUAGCCUUGUUUCAUUUAAAUUCACUUUUUUCUGGGAUCAAACUGUUUUCUGAAUGUUCAUUGAUUUUUAUUCCUGUUACAUACUUGAUUGAUUUCACUGUAUUGAUUAUCUCUAAAGCAUUUAUAACACCAUCAUCUUUCUUUUAGUCUUUUAUUAUUGUUUUAUUCUCCUAUGAUUGUUUCAGGCUUUUGUCUGUCUUUUCUUUUCUGAAGCACUGUGAGUUUAUAUGUAUGAACGGUGGAAAGGUGCUGAAUAAAUAAAGAAAAGACUUGUUAACAUUUGACACAAGUUUUCACAUUUUUAAAACACUCAUUUAUGUCCUUCAGUCAGUUGACUUCUUCUCACACUGGGUGCUGGUGUAUGCUGUGAGCUUGGGUGUUUAAGACCUUUAGUGCUUAACUUUCACUUUGCACACCUUUACAUGGAAUACGUCAUGUCAAAGGCCUUUAAAACAAUGACAUUGUAGUAUUCAAAGUGCACCCAAACUCUAGUUUUGGAUAAAAGCAGCACUGUCUUUCUUUGUUUGUUGUUUUCUUGCUGCUGUGAGGAGUGUGACUGGUUGGCUGGAACUGAUACACCCCUGCUGCAGCUGUUCCCUAGAGAAGCUGUUUGGCGAGAAACGAUACCAGCAGCUGGUCUGUCGUGUGAAAACCAGCUGCUGGUGAAACAAAAGAAUUCAAAUGAUUUUUUUUUUUUUUUAGUUUUCAAAUUGAUUCAGACUAAAAUGAACAAUACACAACAGCAGCACGAAAUGUUUGUUCCCUUAAAUGAUUUUUUGCAAAAGUCAAAUAUAAAGUGGAUUCAUUUCAGCUGUUAAAAAAACCCUUUUCUCUCCACUUUAUAUAUUUUUCAGAAAGUCUCCCUACUGCGCACCUCGGCUGAAUUUAAGGAGAUUGAAGCUCUUUUCUGUCAGACUAUGAGAGGCUAUGAUGUCGUCAAAAUUGAGAGAAUUCAGAACAAAGCUCUGUGGGAAGUCUUUCAGUGGUAUGUAUGUAAAUAACCACAGACUGUGUAAAACAUGGAUGAAGCGUCUUUGAUAGUGACACCAGUUUUUUAGUCAGACUCAGCCAAGAUUUGGUUGACCCACCAUGAGGCAAAAUGGCGGAGUUGAGCCAAUGUUUUCUGCUAGUUUCACUUCUUUGCAAAGUUUUGAAGUCCAAUUUGACCCCCCUCUUUAAAAAUAUUUCUCUAUUUAUUUUUAAAUGAAGGCAGAAAAACCAGAUGACGAACAACAACAAGGGGCGAAAUGUGUCAGAAAAAAAGCUCUUUCAUGGCACAGACUCCAAAUUUGUCGACGUCAUCAGCCACACCAACUUUGACUGGAGAAUCUGUGGGACCCAUGGAACUGCGUAUGGCAAAGGUAAGUUGGAGAAAAUCCAAGGACGAGGUCACACAGCAUUGAAGUCUUUACAUUUUUUCAAACAUUCAUAUAUUAAUACAGCUUGAUGUUAAUUGAUAUUUUCUCUUUUUUUGUUUUACUUUUGGUGCUUUAAAAUUUCUUGUGAUUCUUUUUAAAAAAAAAAAGCUCAACACCAGAAAGUGCAGCAAAGUCAGUAAAAGUAGUGACUGCACCAAAAAAAGAUAAUUGCACCAAAGUUGCUGACUAGUUCCUGCUAUUGUACCAUUCAGUUAUUGCUCCAAAACUAGUUAUUGAGGCAAAACUACCAAGUGCGUAAAAACAGAAACUGCACCAAAAAAAGAGUGAGCAAUGAAAGCAGAAAAUGCCCCAAAACAAAAUUAUCACACCAAGCCCAGUUAUCGAAACCAGAUACUGAGCCAAGACUGCCUGGUGCAUCUGCACCAAAAUUAGUCACUGUAACAAAAACAAAUAAUUGCACUAUUGCGCUAACUCAGUCAUUGCACCAAAACUUGAUUAUGCAGCAAAAGUAGCAUCCACACUAAAACCCUCUUAUCCACUACACUCCAUAAUCGCACCAAAACCAGUUACUUUGCCAAAACUUCACCAAAUUCGGAUCAUUGCACCAAAGUCAGUUUUUCUGACAAGUUAAGUCUCCACAUUGAAUCAGUUCUCUGGUGCUUGAACGCCAAUCAUUUCUUUCUUUAGGUGACUGCUAACUAUUUGAUGAUAUAUUCGUGUUGGAAACAGUGAGUUUAUUUUGUGCUCAAACACAGGUAGCUACUUUGCACGGGAUGCCAAAUACUCCCACAACUACACAGGUGACUCUGACGUGAGGUCCAUGUUUGUGGCUCGGGUGCUGGUAGGAGAUUACACCAGAGGAUCUUCUGACUACCGCAGACCACCUUCCAAAGAUGGCGGAGAUAUAAACUUCUAUGACAGCUGCGUUGACGACAUCCUAACCCCCUCCAUCUUUGUCGUGUUUGAGAAGCACCAGAUCUACCCAGAGUACCUGCUGCAGUACAAGACCACACACCCGCUCGUCUCAGUGUAUGGUGCCUCGUCAAGUCAAGCAGCAAAUCCAGUUGUCGCACCAAGACCUGUAAUCGCGCCGCAACCAGUUGUCGCACCAAGACCUGUAAUCGCGCCGCAACCAGUCGUCGCACCAAAACCAGUUGCUGCACCUAGAGUGACUCCAAGUUUUUCAGCUUACCAGCACAGCAGUUCAUCAGCUCAGGCCUACACAUCAUCCUACCAACCCAGCACACCUACUUACGGAUAUCAGACCAGGAUGACUUCAGCUUCUUCCUCACCAACCCCAGCGAGCAAGAAACAAUCUGACUCCUGUGUCAUCGCAUAG